UCUCUCUUUGUGGGUUGAACUUUUAAGCUCCCUGGCAGCGCUUCACUGGUAGCUGUGAAACAAAAUGCAGCCUCUGUCUGUGAGGAAGGGAAAGAGAGAAAGGAAAGAGGGUGGAUGAGCAAGACCGAGAGAGGGAGAGCAAAAGGGGAUCAGACAAACUAAACAGUGAGCGAGGCAGAUCCAGCAAGAGCUGGACCGAGACAGAUCAAGUCAGACAGGAGAAUGUCUCACCGGUUUCGGUUGUAUUUUGGAUCUGGUCGAGGUAACACUGAGUUGGAGCAGCUAAAUGGGACAGUGGAGGAUGGAGAUGAUAGUGGCUACUGUGGCGCAGGGGCCACAAUGUGCCAUACACAGACACAAAUUGAAGGACUUUCUGAGAGCCCAGAAUUGAGUGCUUGUUCAGAUGCCUCUCUAAAGCGAAGCUCUUCCAUGUUCAUCCCACAGCUCCAGGGUCAAACUGAACCACGGACAACCAAGAGCACCUCUGUCCAGAUUUCUCUCCAACGCACAACUGCACCUCAAGAAGACGCAUUGCCCUUUGAUCCACCUCCAGAUUACCCUCGGGAUCCAGCUCCCCCAUACACUGAGCCCGGUGAAAGCUGGGCCUUACCUCCACCUCCAGCUUACUACAGAGGAGAAACCCCAUCUUGCCAAAAUGUGGAACAAUCUCAACCAGGUACUGAGCCCAUUCAGCCUAAGAGGCAAGUCUUUUACGUCCGACCAUGUGAUGGACAAAAUGGUAAUGCUAGUGCACCCAGUAAUCAAGGGAUUACCAUUGGAGGUUUUUGUAUUCAAAGAAGAUCCGCAGAUGGCUCGGAUGUCCAGCGGUUCAGGAUCAUGCCCUACAGUGAGAAUGACCAGAAUGGCCACCGUUGGGCUGUUCAGCAAAGCUCAGACAGAGGUCCUGGAACACAAAGACUUGUAUUCCAGCUUCAAAAGGACCAAGGACGGCACCCUAGCCCUACUUCUCAGGCUGAUGAUUUGGGCAUCACGGGUAUUAAAGGCAGCCCCUUGGUGCGGUACCCUCGGAUCCAACUUGAGAGGAGCACCUCACAGACAAUGCAGCCCAGAGGAGCUCCUUCACGGCUUGGAUCUAUGCCAAAUCUUCAUUCCCCGAUCUCAGAAAUGGAGACCGAGAGUGAGAUUCUUGAGAGCAGUACUCAAGUUUGCACAUUCAAAAUUAGGAAGGAACAGAACUCCCGACAGUCCAAGUUUAAGAUCUGUUUCAGCCAUGGAGGUGAGCACAGCCCCAUCCUUGCACGGGAUAUUAGCUUUGGAAAGGUGCCUAACUGCAGCAAUCAACAGGCACCCAUUUGUCAUGAUCGGUCCGAGUAUGAGCAUUUCAACCAUGGUCAGACCAGAGAUGACUUCCUCGGGCAGGUUGAUGUGCCUCUUACCCAUUUACCGACGGAGGACCCUGCAAUGGAGCGGCCAUACACGUUUAAAGACUUUCUCCUGCGUCCAAGAAGUCCUAAGUCUCGGGUGAAAGGCUACCUGAGGCUGAAGAUGGCCUACCUGCCAAAGAAUGGAGGACAUGAAGAGGAAAGUAGCGAGAUGAGGGAAGAAACUGAGGGUUGGGAAGUCACAGACUCCACUGAUCCAGGUUCACCAAGACCUCAGCAGCUCCUGCCUCCGCUGCCUCAGGGCUGGGAAGAGAAGGUCGAUAACCUGGGACGGACAUACUAUGUCAACCACAACAACCGCACCACACAGUGGAAGAGGCCCAGUAGUGUAGAUGUGGUUUCAGAAACGGAAAAUGAUAAUAACUUACGGCAUAUUAACCAAGAAGCCCGCAGAGUUUUCCGCUCUCGACGGCACAUUAGCGAAGAUCUGGAAAAUGAGCAUCUGGACAUCAGGGACAUAGACGAUUCAUGGGAACCCAUAUCAGAGGAGGACCCAACUUUAAUUGCAGACGAUCUAAGCCAUUCUCCGUCCGGACCCUCCUCUUUGGCGAUGCCCCUCUCCAGCACUCCAGAAUUUUCAGAUGAAAUCAGCCUUAGAUUGCCUCUCACUCCAGACAUGAACGGAGAAAUCCCAGGACCCAGCUCUGCUGUGCAGAGUCCUCUUUCCUCUCGUCUACGCUCCUCUAGUAUGACUGAUGGAGUCAGUGAUCAAGCUCAAGCUCCCACACCAACGAGCUCCCAGACCCGACGAACAAGAGCACAAACGGUCACAGGCGUUGAGGACACCAUGUCUCCAUCGGCCUCCUACGCCUUGACCACACCAGGCCUUCCGCCAGGCUGGGAGGAACGCAGAGACCCCAAGGGACGAACAUACUACGUCAACCACAACAACCGCAGCACCACCUGGACGCGGCCCAUUCUACAGCAGCACCCUGAAGAUGGAGCCAGUACCUCAGCUGCGGCAGCAGGGGGCGCUACAGCUGCCACACCCCCCGCUUCCACCCCUCCCUCCUCCAGCGGCCAUCUAAACGAACCACAAGUGCGCAGAGCCCGUAGCCUCAGUUCCCCCACCGUCACUCUCUCUUCCUCACUAGAGGGAGCCAAUAACGGCCAGAUACGGCGAGCCGUAAAGGACACGUUAUCCAACCCUCAGUCCCCGCAGCCGUCUCCCUACAGCUCACCCAAAUCCCAACAUAAAGUAAACCAGAGCUUCCUGCCCCCUGGAUGGGAAAUGAGACUUGCACCGAAUGGACGGCCGUUCUUCAUCGACCACAACAGCAGAACCACCACAUGGGAAGAUCCUCGCUUAAAGUAUCCUGUUCACAUGAGAACAAAAGCAUCCCUGGACCCUGGCGACCUCGGCCCACUUCCUCCUGGGUGGGAGGAACGAGUGCACGCAGACGGAAGAACCUUUUACAUCGACCAUAACACCAAAAAAACGCAGUGGGAAGACCCUCGCCUCCAGAGUCCUGCCAUAACUGGACCUGCGGUGCCAUAUUCCAGAGAAUUCAAGCAGAAGUAUGACUACUUCAGAAAGAAGUUAAAGAAGCCGGCAGAUAUUCCAAACCGUUUUGAGAUGAAGCUGCACAGGAAUAACAUCUUGGAGGAGUCGUACAGACGCAUCAUGUCCCUGAAGAAACCCGACAAUCUGAAGGCCCGUCUGUGGAUCGAGUUUGAAUCGGAGAAAGGCCUGGACUAUGGGGGCGUGGCCAGAGAAUGGUUCUUCCUGCUCUCCAAGGAGAUGUUUAACCCUUAUUAUGGGCUGUUUGAGUACUCGGCCACAGAUAACUACACCCUUCAGAUCAAUUCAAACUCUGGCCUCUGUAAUGAGGAUCACCUCUCAUACUUCAAGUUCAUCGGUCGGGUGGCUGGCAUGGCUGUUUAUCACGGAAAGCUGUUAGACGGUUUCUUCAUCAGACCGUUCUAUAAAAUGAUGCUGGGCAAACAGAUCACACUGAAUGAUAUGGAGUCAGUGGACAGUGAAUACUACAACUCUCUCAAGUGGAUUCUGGAAAACGACCCCACAGAACUGGACUUGCGGUUCGCAAUUGAUGAGGACAACUUUGGACAGACAUAUCAGGUGGAUUUAAAGCCGAGCGGAUCAGAGAUGGUUAUAACCAAUGACAACAAAAAAGAAUACAUAGACCUGGUGAUUCAGUGGCGAUUUGUGAACCGGGUCCAGAAACAGAUGAAUGCCUUUUUGGAGGGCUUCACCGAACUUAUUACUAUCGACUUGAUAAAGAUUUUUGAUGAGAACGAACUGGAGCUGCUGAUGUGUGGUCUGGGUGACGUGGAUGUCAAUGACUGGAGGCAGCACACCGUCUAUAAGAAUGGCUUCUGUCCUAAUCACCCUGUAAUCCAGUGGUUCUGGAAGGCCGUGUUGUUAAUGGAUGCAGAAAAACGGAUCCGACUUUUGCAGUUUGUCACUGGAACAUCCAGAGUGCCAAUGAACGGCUUUGCUGAACUCUACGGCUCCAAUGGGCCGCAGUUGUUUACUAUCGAGCAGUGGGGGACACCUGACAAACUCCCUCGUGCUCACACAUGCUUUAAUCGUCUGGACCUCCCGACGUACGAGACGUUUGAAGACCUGCGAGAGAAGCUUCUGAUGGCGGUGGAAAACGCUCAAGGCUUCGAGGGGGUCGACUAAAGAAAUCCAUUUACAUCCACACGAUCUCCUAAUGCAAUCGACGAGCAAAGACAUGUACAACACUCACACACUCACGUCUAUAUCUUCAUAUACACACUCUCGAGUUGCCAUUGUACAGCCGGAUCCCAGUGGUUGCAGGUGUGUGACGUCAGCACAGUAUAUGCAUGUGAUCUGUCUAGCUGGAACAGCAUUGGCAGUGAACCCGUUUGAAUGCCAAACAACCCUGCAGUAUCCCACAAAUCAUGCUUUCUCCUAACACGUUUCAUUUUAAAAUCCAGCUCUGAAGCCGUGGUAACUUUUAUACUGAUGGUAAAUAAGGUAUGUCAGUAUUGGGGUGUGGCUUCAGAGUGGGCGUGGCCUUGAUACAGCAUUAAAAAAAAUCCCAUUUCUGUAUUAAUUUCACAAACAUAAUAUAAGUUCAGUGGAGAGGCAACAAUUAACUCUCUUAUCAGGUCUUACUUACACCAGAUAACCUUAGGAAUCACAGCCAGGAUGAAGGGUGCAUCCUCUUCCUCCCUUAUCCCGCAAAGUAUGCCAAGUUCCCCCUUCCUUACUUCCUUCAUCGAGGAUUAUUUUUUUAUCUAGAAACAGGAAUUGUUUUUAAUAGUUUAUUAUUAUCACUGUUAUUCUGAUAAUGUUAUCAUUCUUACAGAGGAAACAGAUAUUUGUACCAACAAUGUGGUUUACUAUUUUAAACAAUGUUAUCGGAAAUGCAUCAGUGGCCUGUCUUUAUUCAAUUUAACAUCCAUAUCAUUGUGGGUAAAAAACAAAAAAGAUAAUAAAAAAAAAAUUCUUAACACGAUUAUUGUAUUGCUAUGAAAACUGGCAUGAACAUGUAUAUUUUGUUUAGAUAUGAUUACGUAGUAAUUGUAAAGCUAUUCUUCUUGGUUGAGAGCAAAGAUUGAAAAGUUAACAUGCAUCGGACAUGUAAAUGAGUUAGUCUGAGAGGGUUUUCUUCAAUUGUAAUAAGUAUCGUUUUUAUCUGUAUUAUGAUUAUACCUGUUCAUAAUGCUGUAAAUGAGUUUGUUUGGGGAAAGACGUGAUUGGACUUUUACUGUACAUGUUAAAUCUGUUUGAAGUAUUAAAGAGCGACAGAGUGAAGCUGUCUUAAAAGCGCUGUGAUUCAACACUGAAAAAGUCUUGUAGACUUUCAGGAUGAAAACUUUCUUUCUUUCGGUCUUAAUUUCUUUGUCUUGUUUCUUCUAACACCACUGUACCUAAAAGGCCACUUUAUUGAUCACCCUAGGGUCAUGUCACCUGUUUGUUUGUUUUAGUUUUUUUGUGAACUUGAAUCUGAUUAUCUGUUAUGUUCUUUUAAAAGCGCUCAGUUCCUUGGUGCAAUAUUGCCUGUUUAUAAUCAGCUUGCUGCUAACAUAUCAGAUCACAGCUCGGCCCUACAGCUGAUCUGGAGUCAGUCUGGUUCUUCUGAGUGAAUCUGGAUCAGCUCUGUAGGAACGAGCUCCGCCUGGACUAAGACUUCAAACUGGUUCUUUUUCUGUUCUUUUUUCCAGUCUUUUAGAAAAGAGAACACUCAUACUUUUCGGCCGGCGUGGCUCACUAGGUUUGUGAUAAUAUUAUGAUUAUUGUUAUAAAUGACCCUUCCUAUUUUGUGGGGACAGUUCUUUUUUUAUUGAUGAGGAACAUUUACUGUCUGGUUCCUGUUCACCACAAGACCUUGCGAUUCGUAUAACUUCAUUCAAAAUAAACUCAUAAAUGGAA